AUGAGCCACUGCGCCUGGCCACAGGUGUUAUUUUCUAGAACACGUCUUACCCUUUCAAGUUGCAGGGAUGAACUAGUGAAGGCCCCAAACACUGACCAACUGGCAUCCCACAGCCUCCUCUUCCAGAAUGCCUUUGCGCAGCAAGCAGUGUGCACCCCAAGCCACGUGUCCUUCCUUACUGGCAGGAGACCUGACACCACCCACCUGCACAACUUCAACUCCUACUGGAGGGUGCACGCUGGAAACUUCUCCACCAUCCCCCAGUACUUCAAGGAGAAUGGCUAUGUGACCAUGUCGGUGGGAAAAGUCUUUCACCCUGGUACUGCUCCAUGUUCAGAGUCUGGGUUCUCUUGGUUUGUGGUAUAG